GUUUGGGACAUGUGAUCAGGGAGAAGCCGGGGUCCCUUCCCUAUGUUCCGGAAAGCCAAGAUGGUGACCAGUGGGAAGUUUUUAUGCUAAGCAGGGAACUUUAAAGUGACACCAGCCUAAGAUUUUGCCACUUUCUUACACUGUAUGUGACAGUGGCGUAAGGUUUAGUGCCCCCGUUAUUCUGGAUCUCCAUUUAAACUGACUGUGAAGUGGUUGCAGAGAGUAGAAGGCAGAGAGGGGCUUACAACCACCGACUUCUCUAGAAAUUGCCAAACUACAUCUUCCAUCUUGCUUACAUCAGCUUUUGUACAGUUAGAGUAAGUGGAACGCAGAGCCUCUCUCUCUCUUCAGAAGUUUGCUUCUUCCUCAGAGUCAAAGAUGUCUCAUCCAUCAUGGCUUCCACCAAAAAGCUCCGGAGACAGUGCUGGACAUGUGACUGCAAGAAUGGAGACCACUCAGGGAUUUGGUGCUCCAAGUAUUUCUGUGUCUACUCAACAGCCUCCUAAGAAGUUUGCUCCAGUUGUUGCUCCAAAACCUAAAUACAAUCCAUACAGAGGUGGACAGUCGGAGGGAAGUGAUGGGGAUUUUCCUCCACCUCCACCACCGCCUCCUGAGGAGAAUCUUCAGCCCAUGCCUACACUUGGUAACCUCCCUCCUCCGCCAGUUCCUGAUGAAGCAAUGUUUAAUGUUCAGAUAAACACUGGCGGGAAGACGAUAGAGGAACGACGGUCAAGUUUAGAUGCUGAGAUUGAUUCUCUUACUAGUAUUCUUGCUGACUUGGAAAACAGUUCACCAUACAAGCCACGUACCCCACAGGGCCCUGGGAGCAAUACUGGUACACUGACUCAUCCAUCAGCUGGGACUCCAGUGACUGGCCAUAAAAGAAUGAUUAUCCCUAACCAGCCUCCCCUUACCGCAACUAAAAAGUCUGCAACCAAACCUCAGCCACAGUCUACUUCCCAGCCUGCCCCAGCAGGGUCUCCAGGAGCACAGAGGCCUCAGCCUGUGCCUGCACCUUAUGCAACAGCCUCUACUCCUAGUCGGCCUACUUUCAAUGUUCAGGUGAAAUCUGCACAACCAAGCCCACACUUUGUGCCACCUGGCCCACAGCUAGGCCAGAACUACAGUCCUGCUCCCAAUCAGUACUAUGCUCCUCAGCCAACCCGCUCACCUGGACCGAUGCAAUAUGCCCCUCAACCACGUGGGCAGGAAUAUAUUCCUCCUCCGCCUGCACGCUAUGUAGAGCCUGGAUAUGGCUAUUCACAGGGUAAUCAGUCGAAAUAUCAAGACCCGUACUAUCAGUCUGUACAAGGUUAUGGUGGCAGGAAUGGGUCCGAGGUACCCUAUACCCAGCAAGGAGGAUGGAAACCAGAACCUGCUUACAGUCCUAUACCUGCAGUAGGCCAACAACCAGCAGUGGGCCAACAACCUGCAGGGUCUUAUCAGCCUCCAAACACUAAAAAGACGUACAUCACUGAUCCACCCUAUAUUCCACCACCACCUCCCCAGCCAAAGGGACCUUAUCUAGCCCAAGCCUCUUCUCUAAGGCCUGAGGAUGAACUGGAGCGCCUCACUAAAAAGAUGCUGUAUGAUAUGGAGAACCCUCCCUCUGAGGAAUAUUUUGGACGCUGCUCCCGCUGUGGUGAAAAUGUGGUAGGUGAAGGCACUGGGUGCACAGCAAUGGACCAAGUGUUCCACGUAGAGUGCUUCACCUGCAUGACUUGCAACAGUAAGCUGCGUGGGCAACCAUUUUAUGCUGUGGAGAAGAAGGCCUUUUGUGAGCCUUGCUACAUACGUACCCUUGAGAAGUGCAGCGUCUGUGCCAAGCCAAUCAUGGAGAGGAUCCUGAGAGCCACAGGGAAGGCCUAUCACCCUCACUGCUUCACUUGUGUGGUGUGUUUCCGUAGUCUGGAUGGGAUUCCUUUCACUGUCGAUGCUUCUGGACAGAUUCAUUGCAUUGAGGAUUUCCAUAAGAAAUUUGCUCCCAGGUGUUCUGUGUGUAAGGAACCCAUUAUGCCUGCUCCUGGCCAGGAGGAGACCGUACGUAUUGUAGCUUUGGACCGUGACUUCCAUGUGCAGUGUUACCGCUGUGAGGACUGUGGGAGUCUUCUGUCUGAAGGGGAGAAUCAAGGCUGCUACCCCCUGGAUGGGCACAUCUUAUGCAAGGCCUGCAAUGCUGCACGUAUUCAGGCUUUAACUGCCAAGUCUAGCACUGACUUGUGAAUGAGACGCACCUCAACUUGAAUGUAUAGAGAAGCAUUGAGGAUGUUCCUAUCUACCCCCAUGGUCUUCUGCCUUCCAUGUCCAAACUGUUGUAGGCAGAUAUAUCCAGCUAUUGUAAACCUCUCUUCUCAACCAUAUAUUAAAAGCCAAUGUUUUCUAGUUAUUUAGUUCAUUUACAGCACUAAAGGUUAUAAUGCAUCUCAUUUUAACCCCUUUCAGUCCAAGUGGAAAGUAUCACAGUAUAUGAAACAAUCACCUCUAGCUAUGAACUUGCUAAAUGUCCUUGUUUUAUCUUUACUUUCAUGGUCAAACUCUGCUUCACUGCCUAUCUUAUAUCCUUGAAACCAAUAAUGCUGCUUCUGCGUUUGUUCACAAAAUACCAGCAGUGCAUUUUAUAUGGUCACCCUUUUGUUUUGUAUCACCUAGAGAAAAGUUUGCUCCUGAGAUACAGUCCAUGGGUAUGAGAGCAAUACAGUAGCAUGCACACAUGUUAGAGUCAUUGGCUGGAUUUUCUUACAUAGAACUAAAUUACAACAACAGAUUUUAUGUCAGAGAUGAAGGGACAUAUUUACUUCUAGCUCUUUUUGGUUUCCUUUCAUAGCUUUGCUCCUCAUAUAUAAAACUAUGGCCAUCUUUCUUAUAUGAUUUGAUGUUCUUUAUCAGUUGUAUGUGGUUAUGAAUAUGCAAACAGACACAGUAGCACUAUAUAAUGAUUUAUGGAAUAGUUUUUGAUUGGACUUAAUGAUCCAGAGAUAUGCAGAAAUAACUGUGUGCCUUAAAAUGACAUAGUCCUGUAGUUACAGUAUCUCACUGAGGCUGAAUUUAUGGAUUGUGUCCCAAAUAGAUAUUUAGUAAUGCCGACUUGGUGUUGGGCGAUGGAAGACUGAUAUUCUAUAGACUAUGGUCACGCUGCAGAGCAUUGGUGAGUCCGUUGCUGCAGAAAGUAAGUUUGGGACCAGAAUUGAACUUUAAUAUUUCACUAUUAUUUGUACUUUUGGUACCUGUUAAGGGCUUAAUAUGUUGGUGAAUUUUUUGUUGACUGCUUUUAAUGGAAAUGAUAGCUCGCUACCAGGAAGUCAUUCUGCAACUAUCUCUUUCUAAUAACAAGUCCAUAAAUGCAAAUAAACUGAGCUCAGCAGCCACCUUUAUGCCCUCACCCAGUUUCUUGCAGUCAGGAAAUGGACAGAUUAUUAUAGGCAGCAAUAGAAUGUUUUAGAAAGAUGAACUACAGCUCAAAGAGCAUGGCAUGUAACAAUAUAUUAAAGAACUAAUAUAUUUUUUGUACACGGUUUCAUUGUUAGAAUAAGAAAAAAGUGCUAAACGUGCCAAUAUAUAUUCCUUCUUUAUGCAUAAUUUAUAUGUAGUAGGUAUCUUCUGCUUAGACUUGGAGAGUAUACUGAACGGUGCCACUAUAAUUGCCUUUGACCAUUCAUAGUUACUGUAGAUCCAUUCAGGCCUUGGUGAAUCCUUGUGUACAGACUCCUUUUUAUGUUUAGCCAAGACACAGGGUUUACAAGGAAAGUGCUCCUCCAAUAUGGCUGAAUCUUAAUCAAGUUUGUACCUAUGUGUUGUGAUUGGGAUUGUUGUGUUUUUCCAAUGCCGCUGUGUUCUUGAAAGCGUGGCAGCAGGUGGUAAUGUUCUGAACAUUUUGUGCCCACCUGAAAAGGAACCAGAGCUCCCUGGAUGUUUGUUAUUUGGUCAACCAAUGGCUAAAAAUAUAGCUAUAUAUUCAGAGGCUGAAAAGAUUUCUGUGGAAUUUAUUGGAAUUACUGCAAUUUUUUUUAGCGUGUACGUUAUGUUGGUUUGUGUGCCACAAGGCAGAUGGAGGAUAGUCUAACUUUACAAAAAGCCACAUUUACACUAUAUAAAUACUGUAUAUACUUAUAUCUAUGCACACUAAAGCAGCCAAAUUCAUGUUCAAAAGCACUUAACAAUAGAGCACACCAUCUUAUGGGAAGAUUGUCGUCUCAUUUAAUUGUGACUGCCGAUAUUCUUGCUGUCUUGAACCCAAAAUACUGCAGUUGAGAUGGCUGGCAGCUCUGUUCCGGGUAUAAUGGUACAGACGCAAUCACACAGCUUGUAGGGCAGAGCUGCUGGCAUGGGAAAUCUCUGGGCACCACCAAGGCUCUGUGUAGAAGGGAGACACUGAGUUGCUUACAGGUACAGCUGGGACUGCACGGCUGAGUUUUUAGUAUCAGACCAUGUGGCUCCUGGUCCUGCAGCUGAACAGUCCUGAACAAGUGAUUUAACCAUAGUAAAGGAAAUAAUAAUUAGCCGACUGUCACUGUUUGCCAAACAUACAGGUACAGGGGCAAAGGAGCGGGUCAAUAGAUGCCAGUGGCAUUUCAUCUUUUACAAUAUAAUCUCAAGGAAACAGAUAUAACUGCACUUUAGUCAGAGCUCCAGUCCUUUCACAUACUGCUAAAAUUGUGCAGUUUGUCCACUUUCCACUUAUCCACAAAAUCCAUGUAUAUGCAGAAUUCCCCAGUCACCAAAGUAUAUCAGCACAAUAGGUUACUGGGCCUUAUGCUCAAGAAACAUCCAGUUUAUUUUCAGCAGGCGCAAAUGCUAUAACACUAAGCUGGAACCCUUAUUAGCUCUGCCAAUACUUGGGAAGUGUUGCCUAUAUGUGGCAAUGUCCCUUAUCCAGCAACAACAUAGUCACACUUGUAUUAUAGAGGUUCUGUCUCCUUCAGUAGUUGUUUUAAAAAUGUCUCCAAUUGUCAUAAUAUUUAAGAGAACUCUGUUCCCCCCCUUUUAAAUACACCUUUUAACUCACAAAUCAUGUGGUGACAGGUAUUAUGGUCUUAGAACCCUUCUGCUAUUCUGAUCUGGGGAAGAGGCUCGCUUAGUUUUAGAACGACUUCUACACGGAUGUGCCACUGUCAGCACUUGGUUUUUAUAUAUUGUCCUUGCAGUGUUCAGUAGGUUUCUAUGGACACAUUGCCUGACCAUCCCUUUGUAUCCAGGGGGCCUCUCAGGAAACCAUUUCAACCCCAUCAGUCUGUUCAGACAGGAAAUUCUGUCAUGUGAUGCCUCCAUAAAUGUGAGUGGGGAGUCAUAGACCCAGAAGUUAUAAGGGUUCCACCUCCCUCCUGCUUGCUUUCUUUUAAAAUUUGCUUUUCCCCAUAGGAACAAUAAUUGGUUAAGUGCAAUAUGUCCUUCUACAUCUGUAGCUAAAGCACAAUUAAUUGCCCACGGGCUAAACAAGCCAGGACAAUAGAAUGGCCCAUGUGUGUGCGGCAAAAAGAAAGUGCAGGAAGGGGAGCAGAACCUCAUUCAGGAGUCAGCCUUAUGCAGGAAAAACCAAAGAAAUUGGAAACAAACUUGCAUUUGUAGAUUUUAUUUUAUUCUUAACAUUUCCUAAAGAAAAUGUGCGCGUCAGUCAGCAACAGGAGCACCGGGGCUUCGCACUGGGUCUUCUCAUAGACGCUAAGUGGCAUCUUUAUUAGAGCGCUGAGCACAAUGUGCUGGGAAUAAUGCAUUCAGUUGCUUUCACUUGGGUAGGAAAUGAUAUUCUAAUCAAUGAAACUGCAUUCGAGAUCAAAAUUACAAUCAGUUCUCUCUGUAAUGUUCUAAUCUGAUUUUAUACUCUAAGAAUUUUUUUUUAUCUAGAAUUGUUUUUCUGAUAAACAAUAUGCACAAUGCUUCACAUUAAAUUUUGUAUUUGCAUUAA